CCCGCCCGCCUCGCCUUCCGGAGCCAUCGAUCAGCGGAGUCGCAGCUCACUUCCCGCGUGGCGGUGACGUGGGCGGCGGGAGGCGGGGCUCGCGGCGACAGCGGCUCAAGAUGGCGGCCACCACGGGCUCGGGAGUAAAAGUUCCUCGUAAUUUUCGACUGUUGGAAGAACUCGAAGAAGGCCAGAAAGGAGUAGGCGAUGGGACUGUUAGCUGGGGUCUCGAAGACGAUGAAGAUAUGACACUUACCAGAUGGACAGGCAUGAUCAUUGGGCCUCCAAGAACAAUUUAUGAAAACAGAAUAUACAGCCUUAAAAUAGAAUGUGGGCCUAAAUAUCCAGAAGCACCUCCAUUUGUAAGAUUUGUAACAAAAAUUAAUAUGAAUGGAGUAAAUAGUUCUAAUGGAGUGGUGGAUCCCAGAGCCAUAUCAGUCCUAGCAAAAUGGCAGAAUUCUUAUAGUAUCAAAGUGGUUCUGCAGGAGCUGCGACGUCUAAUGAUGUCUAAAGAAAAUAUGAAACUUCCUCAACCACCCGAAGGACAAUGUUACAGUAAUUAAUUGAAGCAAACAGGGAAAAAAAAGAAAAGAAAGAAUCAUGCCCCUUCAUUCAAUUAAAGCUCUCUUCAUUUUCCACAGUAGUAAAAUUUUCUAGGUGCAUCUUGUAGACUGCAAGUACUGGAAAGAAAGUCCCCAUUACAAAGGAAAGCCUCUCUUGACAUACUGUAAAUGAUACUAAUUAUUUUUUUUUUCAUUUUGAAAAUAAGUUGUGCUAUAACAAAUAAUCCUGUCAUGUGUUAACCACUGUCCACUUAGUUGAACUUCUGGUAUCAAGAGAAAGUCUAUUUAAACCGAUUACCGCCAAAAGACCGGUGUGGCACAUUGAACUCAACUGUGAAAAAGUAUACGUCACACAAUCAUAUUGCUGUGCGCUUGGCCUGGGUCUGUUUCUCCUCUCUCUCUCCCCCCGGCCCCUCACCCUCGAUCUUUCUCUGUCUCUCUUGUUUGCAACAGAGCGGGUGCUCAGGGCUAUUUAUUAGAGUAGGCACGAAGGGUGCAAUUGACAAGAAAGCUCUGCUGCUCUAGCUCCCCCUGGAGACAAGAAUGGGGGCUGCGGCAUUUGGGCGGCCUUCCAUUCAUUCUGAUGGAGCUCGGGCGGGAGAGCUUCUCGAGAGGAUUGGGCCCGAAAGCUUCAGUUCCCAGUUCGGCACUGGGCCGUACAGACUACUAAGAGGACGCUGCGGCAUCCUCAGUCAACCCUUCUUUUGUGCAGGCUCUAGUAAAGGCUGAAUGUAUCUAGGGCUGGGGGGUUCUUUUGUCUUUUUUUUACCAUGCGCUUGGUUAAUUUUGAGGGAAAGCUCUUCUUACUGUAACUUUUGCGCAAAAGCAUAGAUUGUAUUUAUACACCGCCCCUUUCUCAAUAUCAGCACAGGCCUUGUGGGAUGAGAGUCCUUGUCUGGGGAGGAGGCAGCUUUACCUAUUUCCUCUUUCCCCUUCUGUCUUAGCUGGGGUGCUGCUUUCUUUUUGCCCCUUCUGCGAUGCUUUUCUUAACACCCUUGGCCAAAAAAGAGGGACAAGUGACUGGCAAAACUGCCUGUUUGUUUAAGGGUUGUUGUUGUUUUUUUCAACUGUGGGCUUCGCCUUCACCAACCUGGGAAAGCAACAGUGUCCGGUUUUAUUUCUUUUGCUCGCAAGCAUCCUUCCCUUCCCGCCCUUUGGCGCUGCUUCCACGCCACCAAGCUGGCCCCGGCUGACAUGACUAGAUAGGCUUUUGAUACGGUGAAAAGAGCAGUCAUUCACCAGGAUCACUUCAGCUUGCUAAGAGUGGCCAAAUGUGAAAUGAUUUUUUUUCCCCCAAAAAAAAUCCCCAGGUAGAAAUUUGCAAGCAAACCCUCCCCGUUCUCUCCACUCCCAGCCGAAGACCAGACAUCACCAUCAAAAGCCUCGUUAACAGCUUGCUUCUCUCUGUGCGUGUGUAAAAUGUUUGGCUCCAUAACAGACAAGUCGACAGUGUGGAGAGAGAGAGAGAGUAUUGUCGCCACGCUCUGGAGUGAUGAAAAUGCCUUCAUAAAGAGCAAGAUGGCAAAUCUCCGCAUCAAAGGAUCGGGGACCGCAGCUGGCAAACGCUUCCUGGCAAGUCACUUCCUUUUCGGACCUUCUUGUUUUGGACCACUGACCGCUGAAACAGUGGAUGCGAGCAUAAAAACGCAAACAAUCUAGUGUGUCCUCUUUAAGCUUAAUGGGGGGAAAAAUUCAGUGUUUGUGUAAAAAAAAAAAAGAGUCACAUUUAAAAGUAGCAACUAUCCAGUCAAUAAAUAAUUGAUGUUUCCAUUAACUCUUUUGAAGAAAAUAUUAGUUGUAUGGAUUUAACAUCCUUUGUAAUUAAAAAAAAAUUAACAUAACAGUAUUCCAUAAGCAGCCUUUUUAUUGUAUCAGACCCAUUGCCUGAUUUUAAUAUAAUAAAAAGUGUGCAUUAAUAUUACUGUGCUCUAACUGCA